ACAAUAUGAGCACUGUGUCGAUCAGCAAGUCCCCGUCGGUGUUAGUCGCACCAUCGGAGGCGACGGUCAACGGCGGCGACAUCAUUCUCUCGUCUUAUGACAAGAUGUUUGGUGGUAGAUCAGUUACGGUGUUCUUCAUCUUCGAGUAUCCAAUCCAAGAUCCCAUCGAGACGAUCAGAAGGGGAUUGUCCCAAGCACUUGUCCACUACUACCCUAUCGCCGGCCGCCUUGCUGCCGGGGCCGCAGCCGGCGAGUUCGUCAUCAGAUGCACCGGAGAGGGGGUGUCCUUCGUUGCGGCGUCUGCCAACUGCGCCAUCAAGGACGUCCGAGAGUUUUGUGACUCGUCGCUGCAAGAGGAGCUCGCCGUCUUGUACGCGGACGAGGGUUUCAGCUACUCUGAGCCAUUGAUGCUGAUGCAAGUGACCGUCUUCUAUUGCGGCGGGUUCGUCAUUGGGGUGACGUUGAACCAUUCCGUUUGUGAUGGCAUCGGGAUGGCGCAGUUCAUGCAGGCGAUGGGAGAGCUCGCCCGCGGGCUACCGUCGCCGUCAGUCAUCCCGGUGAGGUCCAAGGAUUCGUUCGUGUUGGACUUGCCUCCAUUUUCCACAAACUUUGUUCGCUUUCUGGGCACCCUCCAGCCCUCUCCAAUGGAGUUCCUGGACAUUACUGUGCCAUCAAGCUUAAUCAACCGCAUCAAACGCACGUAUACCAUGAAUUACGGGCAGCCAUGCUCCGUGUUCGAGGCAGUUGCCGCAGUUCUGUGGCGGUGCCGAACCCGUGCAAUCAUGUCCGAUCCGGCGGCCUUCGCCGUUCUUACAUUCCCAGCAAACGCGCGAAAGCAUGCGGUUGCCAGGAAGGGCUUCUACGGCAACUGCGUCACCGCACAGCUGGUCACGGCGACGAGUGGCGCGGUGGCGAACGGCGACCUCAUGGAGCUAGUGAAGAUGAUCCAGCAUGCCAAGGAUCGGGUGCCCGGCAAGACGGAGAUCGACGAGCUGCGGCAGUUGGAUGGGUACAAUCUUUUCCUCAUGUCGUGUUGGCGAAACCUCGGCAUGGAGGAGAUUGACUUUGGCUUUGGACCGCCGGCGAGAUUGAUGGAGUACACGCAGGUAAGGACGAAGCUGCCGAGCUGCGCGACGUGCGUCCCUUGCAAGGACGAGUACAACGUGCAGUCCUGGUGCGUGAAGGAGGAGCACGCCGACGCUUUCCUCCAAGAAUUAGCUCAAAUCCACCUCACGUAUAAUCCGCUUUCAGUUUCAUCCAAGCUUUGAUUUUCUUUCGGAUGCAUGGAGGGAUCGUUACUUGAAUUUAUUUGCUUGCUAUAUACUACUACUAGCGUUCUGCGUUGCCUCUGCUUUCUUCUUCUGAUUUAGUAAUAUGUAUCUUUUUUUUCAAAGCAUUUUACAAGAUAUGUUACAAUUCAGGGGGGCUGACUUUGACUCAAUGGAAGUAUGCUUUGGAUCUUUUACACCGUGUGAGGGUUUUGGCUCAGGUGCAGGGGUCACAGCACGGAUUAAUAUGCAGGGCCAAUAAUGGAGUGACACAUGUCCCGAUGGGACCAACUUUUUUAUUUCUCUUUAUAUAUUUUUUCUAGCAGUUUCCUAAUUCUCAAUCUUCUUCGUUCUUCUUCUAGACUAGAGACCAUGAAUCCGAUCGAGGCCAAGGCGGCGGCGGCGCGAGGCUGAGGUGAUGGUGUGGGCGGCCAAGGCGGGGCCGCGGAGGACGACAUCGCGAAGCUGAGGGGCGCGCAGCGAUUAGACUUCAGUCAAAAAAAUGUCUUCACGCAGCGUGGGGAGCUUCAUUUGUGUGGCGGCCGGCGGCGACGGCCUCGUCGUCAAUGGGAUGACAGCUAGCUACUCUCUCGAGGAAGCACCCUAGUAUUACAAACGUUGAUUUCAUAGGACGUGAAGGUUCGUGGUCUCUACCCUUAUUAAUGGUGGAGUAGAAGAUUGAGAACCAGGAAACUGGUAGAAUAAAAAGAG